AUGCCUAUGCUGCAAGACAACUUUGUUCAAUGCACCGACAAGACUUGCGCCGACGACAAGGACGGAGCCAUGACUUGGGCAAAUGAGCUUUGCUCGAAACUUGGAAAGCCUAUUGAUCUCGGAGGCUCUGAGGGAUCUCCCAAGACUGAUGAGACUACAGCUGUCAAUGCCCCAACUACCAGCGCCAGUGGCGAGGUGAAGCCAACCACCGAGGCUGGAAAGACGACAGAUGAGGCACCGACUCCCACUACAGAGGCCAAGACAGAAUCCAAGGUUGAGGAGACUUCAAGCGACAAGACAUCUACGGUCACCUCAGAGUCAUCGGCUGGUGAAACAACAGCAACCGCAACCUCGAUCAAGACGACAGUUAGCAAGCCAAAAGAAACGACGGAAGCAUCGGGCAGCGCAGCUGAAGCAACGGCUGAUCAGACAAGCGAUGACUCUGUGGUCAUGAUUACCGGAACUGCUGAUACCGCUACUGCAACUCCGUCUCCGACCGACGGUUCCAAUGUAGCCAAUUCUGCAGGUCCUCACUUCUACGCUGUUGUUGGUGUUGCUGCCGCGUUUUGGCAAUUGCUGUAA